AUGCCAGAGAUCAUCAAAUCCAUGGGCUACGAAUCAGCCAACGCCCAGCUCCUGACCAUACAUCCAAAUGCUGUGGGCGCUGCAUCAGCUUACGGUUUUUCCGUGGUCGCCGAUCGGUUCUCAUGGAGAAUGCCCUUCAUCGUGGCACCGCAGUGCUCACUUAUAGUCGCAUUCGGAAUAUUAUUUUCCAAGGCUGUCAACAUCGAGAAUAACAUAGCACUGUGCUACUUCAGCAUUUGUCUCGCUUGUUUCGGGAUGUAUCCCAUUCUUCCCGGUGUCAACGCUUGGAAUGUCUGCAACAUUCCAGAUCCUCAAAAGCGUGCUGUGGCCAUUGGGUAUUUAAUUUGCGUGGUUAACGUGGGUGGGAUUAUUGGGAGCUACAUUUACAAAGCUGACGAGAAGCCGAGAUAUCCCACUGGCUAUGGCACUUCACUUGCGUUCGCUGCUGCUGGAAUCAUGGCUUGUUUGUCCUUGGAGUUCUGUCUGUGGAGUGCAAACAAGAAGAAAGCUCUGAUGACUACGUCUGAGAUUGAGGAUAAUUAUACUGAAGAUCAGCUUCGUGGGAUGGAGGAGAAGAGCCCUCUUUUCAAGUAUAGCUUAUGA